CGGAGAAAAAAAAAGAAAAAGAAAAGAAAAAGAGUGAGAAAAAGCAAAGAACAUCUUUUUUAUUUUUAUUUUAUUUUUUAUUUAUUUUUCUCAUCUGCUCUGAUUUCUUCCAUCUCCAAUCUGAAAAAGUAACAGUCAAUAAGAAAACAUCGAGAAAGUGGAUGCUUCAUUGCUUCUACUUUCCAGUUUCCUCCUCUGCCACCUAAAAAACCUACCUUUUUCCAUUCCGCCACCAAAUUAACCACCUCCCUCCCAUGGCCGCCGCCGAGGAGAUCAAGAAGAAGCACAAACACAGGGAGGAGCAGAAGAAGAAGCCGAAGAGCGGGGACGGCCACUUCAAGCCCAGCGCCGACGUGAAGGGCCUCCGGUUCGGCGGGCAGUUCGUUGUGAAGUCGUUCACAGUGCGGCAGGCGGCGCCGCUGGAGCUGCUGCGGUUGCUGGACAUUCCGCCGUCGUGCCUGGCGCAGUGGCCGGGGCUGCCGUUCCCGUCGACGGCUGCCUUUUUGCCGACCAACUUCACCAUCCUGGCGCAGCACGCGUGGCGCACGCUGACGCUCGGCCUCGGCACCAAGAAGUCGAAGGUGAUCAUCUUCGUGUUCGAGAGCGAGGCGAUGCGGGCGGCGGUGGACCCGCAGUGGCCGCGUGUCCUGCCGCUCGGCGACGUCAACCGGCGACUCAUCCGCGGCCUCGCCGGAUGCGAGAUGUCGCGGUUCAAGUUCCGGAAGGGCUCCCUCACCUUCUACGUAUACGCCGUGCGCCGCCUCGGCGCCGCCGGGUUCGCCUGCGCAGACGACCUCCGGAGAAUCCUCGAGGCCGUCGUCGCUCUCAACGACUUCUUGGACCACACCGCCAUGCUCGCCCUCCCCAGCCAGCGGAGCAUCACCUUCCAGAAUCCGGCGGCGGUGGCCCACUGAGAUCGAGAUCCAAGAUGAGAUUUUUUUUGCUAAAACUCGUUCCUUUUUUAUCUGCUCUCUAUCAAUUCUUCAAUCGCUACCUCGAUCCCAAAAUCCGGCGGCGGUGGCGCACUGAGAUCGUGAUCCAAGAUGAGAUUUGCGUUUUUCUCUUUGGGUAAAGACUAAAGAUUGCUUCUUUGUUUUUUGUUUGCUGCCUUCGAACUCUUGGAUGAACAAGAGAUCCUUCAUUUGUUGUCUAUGUAAUUGUUCUUAAAGAGAUCUUCCUUUGCUCUUCGAGUUGUAAAUUCCAGAGAUCGUUCUUCUUACUUCUGUAAAGAUCUG